AUGCCUGUAUUCCUCAUGGUAGAUCAACUGGUGAGGCCAUUCAGCAGUCCACACCUGCGUGGAGAAACAGAGCUAAGGAUCAAUACAUCCGAGGAACUCAAAGCAGCUUUCCUACAGGCGUUUCAAGUUCUGAAGAAAGUGUCAAUGGAAGAGCGUGGAGUGGAUAUCACAUCAUCCUAUGUUCUUUUCCCGACUUUCCUCGAGCAUGUAGCCCACCAUGCUAUUAGUGAGGCGGCUCAUGAGGCUGGUUUAUUCCCAUACCAAAUGUGGACUCCCCACCAGAUGAUCAGUAUGUAUAACCACAUUCUAGACGAAAGCCCCUCUGGUGAUCCCUUGGAAAAGUCAUGGGGAACUCAACCAACGUUGAUCAUUGACUAUGGCUUAUCUUAUUUUGAUGUUCAAAUGAGGGGUGUACCAUAUGAGAAGAAUAAAUUCACCAUGGAUACGAUGGGAGGCCAAUAUAUUGUCCAGCAUAUCAUGCGAAAGAUCAUAUCCAGUGGUCAAGAUAUACCCGAGGAGCUUGCAGAGAAUGGAGCAGCACAGGAAAAGAUGUUUUGGGCAGUGGCCAACUCAAGACUGCGCAUAAAAGAGCAAAUAGGACAUGAAACAUGGGAGUCACUGGAAGAUGGAGCUCAAAUAAAGGAAUGGCCUGUCACCAUCAAGGGUCGGGGAGAUGUGGAGGAUGUAGCUGUAAUUUCUUGGGAUUAUGUCAAAGAUGCGGAGGCUGCGUAUGUGGAAUGGCUGAGAGAGUUUCUAACACUCCUCAUUGAGCGCUUAAAAGCUUCGUACUCUGAAAGCAUUAAAAAGGACCGGUCAUUGGUCAGUCGCGCUGUUCGAGAGAGCUUCGGUGCUGAAGUCGGGAUUAUUGGGGGUAACGAUGAGCGAGAUAUUACUCUUGAAGCACAAGGGGGUGCACGUAUUGCCUGGUCAGUCUACGAGAGAACACAAAGGGCAAACGAAGAUGUUUGCGAGGAUUUUGUGCAUGAAGAUUUGUAG